UGACAUAGUUGUCAUAUUUCAUGGCGCAAGAUGUUUUUAGCAAAAUGGCUGAGGAACAGUGGAUUCUUAAUGAAGAUGGAUAUUUAAAUGUAGAUACAAAUGUUAAAGAAAUUGUUUACCAUCCAUACCUUAAUGUCAUCUUAAUUUGUACACACACUGGAGUUGUGCGAGUUCUUGAUGUGAAUUCUGGCGUAAUUUUGCACUCCAGCUCUCUCUCAGCUCAAAAUCUUUCGGAUGUUAAAUGCAAAUACAUUCCAUCUUUGGACAGGGUGUUAUUUACAGAUGGACAAGCGCUGGGUGUGAGAUCUGAUUACAAUGGUGUUUUGCUACUAGACAGUAUUCUUCAAAAGAGUAUCGGUGAUGACAGAGAAGAAGUUAGAAUAGAGUUGCCCCUGUCUGAGGCUAUAAUUCUGAAGGAAAGCCUCUCCUCGAGCAACAUUCAUGGGGUUGAGACAAUUGUCAAUGAAUUAACAGAUGUUAUUUCAAAUGCUCAUCAACACCACAAAAAGAGCAUUAAAGCACAAAAGUGGAAUACAGUAUGUCUAACUGUUCCUUUAGAAGACCUUAAAAAUGCUACAUCUACAACUGUUAGUAACUUAUUGGCAAAAAAUCAACAUACUCCUGAACUAGGUGUAGCAUCUGCUGUUCAGGAGAGAUUAUCGGAUUUAUUAGGGGAAAAAGUGAAUGCUUCUGACAGAAAAUCAAUGGCAAGUGAAUGGAGACGUCGUGAAACUUAUUCACAAUGGCCUCAUAUGGAUUAUAAAUGGGCUCUUCCAGAUCAAAUGGCCCAAGCAGGUUUCUACCACCAACCAAAUUCUUCAGGCGAUGAUCGUGCAAUGUGUUUCACAUGUUCAGUUUGCCUUGUGUGCUGGGAACACACUGACGAACCAUGUAGUGAACACGAGCGUCACUCUCCAAACUGUCCCUUCGUCAUUGGCGAAUAUACACAAAACGUUCCACUAUCAGUUACGUAUGCCACCUGUCCAGCUGUAGAUGCAAGGUACAAUGGAGAUAACAUUAAAGUUUUGGGACGUAGUACCGUUGUUAAUUAUGUACCAACAGCGAAUGCUGAUGCAUUUAUAUCCAUUUUUGAUGUCAGUGGAAAAGUCAAAAGAGCUUAUUGCUUUUACGUAUCACAGUUUCAUUCAUUUAUUUUGGAUAAGUAUACAGAGGAUUUUGGACAGGAUGGAGGAUGGCCUGAUUUUAAAAAAUAUCCAUGUGAUAAAAGAAUUACAGCAACUUGUAUAGUAGGUGAUAAAAGCAACAUCACAAAUAAUAAAUCCAAACCAUUGAGGCCAACUCUAAUUUGUGGUCUAACCCUUAUUAGUUUAAAUGACAAAGAACCCCAUGUACCGCAAAUAGAACAAAUAGACACUGGUAAAGCAUAUUUAGUUGUUUAUGAUUUUACUUACAAUAAGCAAUGUGAAGAAACGGAAGUAGAUACCACUCUAUGCGAACAGUCAUUUGUUCCCGUUCCCAUCGAAGAAGUUGAAAAAAGUCUUAAAGAACCACAAGAAAGCCUUUCUGAUAUAUUCAAUAAUUUAGACCCUGUGUUAUGUUCUUUUUACAAAACACUUAUACCUGGAGAGAGCGACGAAGUCUUCAUUCCGCCACCCGUAUCAACGAAAAAAUCUCAUACGGGACCAAAGGUACUAAUUUUCGAUGAUUUUAACAAUGUCAAUAAAACGGGCUCUUCUACCAAUGGCCAUCAGAUAACUACUAAUGGGCCUCUAAGCAGUGGACCUAGCGAAUUAAGUAUAUCAGAUCAUAUAACAGAGGUUAAAAAUAGUACAUCGUCUAAAAAACUAAAUUACUCCCGUGCAGUCCAAUGUGUAAAUCUGCCGACACAAUGUAGGAACUGUCAGCACAUAGAAAUAGCAGAUAUAAUACCCACACAUGACCAAAAUCACGUAUUGGUAGUAUUAAAAAGCCCUAUUACGCCACAAAGUUUUCUAGUGAUAUAUCCACUGGAUACUUCGGAUAAAAUGGUAAAGUUAAAAGAAGAAGCAGUAUUAGUAAAAGAACUGGCCUGCAACGAAAAACCAGUAGAAAUAAAUUUGUUGCCCACUAUAGAUAAAUUUGGUAUUUUAUCUGAGAUAUCUUGUGAUGCAGAGGGCAACGCAGUGAUGGUUUGUGUAGAUGGCAUAGUUAGAAUAGUUAAUUUGUCCAGUUUAAAGAUAAUUUGUUAUGCCAAACUUGAAACUGAGGGAUUCGUGUCGGCUGCUUAUUGUAAUAGUUUAGAUAGGUUAUGUGUUUCAACAGAAGAAGGAUCCCUACAUUUCUAUGCGCUUAAUAAUACAGAAAACGAAUCUAGUGAUGACCACGACGAUGAUGACAUUUUUGGAAUGCAUGUAGAUGGCAAUAACACCUUAUCACAAUCAGCAGACGUUUUAGAUGGGGCUGAAUUUCUUAAGUGUUUCCAAAAACCACCCGAUAUCAUACCUUUACAUGAUCUGAAAAACUUGAAAUUGCUCUGCGAUUUUGAACCUCUUCGAAUUGGUUAUUGCGUUGUUGUACCUCCAUGUUGGAGCGAAUUUCAGCAGUCUCUGAGACAACGCAGACAGCCUCAGUGUGAAGGAGAGCAGAAUUCUAAAACUUGGCGAUUGUUAACUGAUACUACUACUUGGGACGAACACAUUUUCGAGAUUACUCUCCCAAAUUCGACUGUAUUGGGUCACGUUGAUGUUCAUUUUACACUUCAACCUUGCAGCGGUUCUCCCAAUGUCGAAAUCACACUUCUUCGACAAAAUAAGAAUGGUAUUGGUCACAAAAAAGACGUUAAAUUUUCAGUUGAUGAUACUGUAACCAUAGAUAUGUUGCAAUGGGUAGACAAUCCUGUAACGUCUCAGGAAUAUUUAAGGGCACACAAUGCUGAUAUUCUGGCUGGUCCGAUAGACUUAGCUUCACACUUGGAUCUAACGGAACAGAGCGGAAUUGUCACUCUGACGAGUCCAAAAUUGUAUAAGACCAAAGUUCGAAAUUUACUACUUCACAUCAGAGCUGUAAACACUAAAGAUGAUGAUAAUAAAAAUAAGACCAAAAAGUUUAUCGAUAAACCUUCGACAAUAAGUAUUGACAAAUUGGCUCUACCAUCAAGAAAAAAUGAUUUUUACAUGGGAUGUGAUGUUAUUCACGAGCUUAGUGUAAGCUUACAUUCGGUAAAACAUCCAGAAAAUUCAAAAGAACGUGCUCAGGGCAAUUUGAUGUUAGAAUCUAACACUGUUAUUGAUUCACUGCUUCUGACUGCGGUAUCGAGCAUAAAUAGUGAAGAAAUCGGUUUAGUUUUGGAUAUACUUGAUUGGAUAGCUUCCAUUCGAUUGAGUAGAAAUAGAAGUAACAAUGGAGCUGCUCCUACCCAACAAUUGGAGUUUGUUUCAACAUUACAAGAACAUCUAACAACUCUUUUGCAUCAAUGCUUGUUACUUGGAGGAAGAAGUAUUGCCCAUAAGGCUGUCCGAUUAAUAAUUACGUGUUGCAGUGGUACAGAAAACAUCAGCUCCAGCUGUGGUGAACAAUUCAACUCAAUCGUUCUUAAAUCAAUUUUCUCUAUUCUGGAUUCCAUAACUGAAAUAAAAUCUGCUGCUGGUUUACAGUGGAUGUUCUCUCUCUUGCUAAAAGUAUCUACAAAGAAUCAAGAAUCUUUAAUAGCAUCUAAAUGCACUUCACUUCUUAGUACAGUAGCAAAUGAACUAUUAAAUAGAUCAAAUCCUUAUCACUUGAUAUUAAGAGGUCGUUAUGGAUUGUAUGGUACACCAAUGGAACCAGAAUUGUUUGAUGUGGAACCGCCACCUUAUGUGAAAAGCGAUAGGUCUUCAACUUACCUUUUAACAUCUAAUAACGCCAACCAAGCUUCCCAAGAACCAUCUUCCCCUAACGUCUCUAAUGCCACUAGUUAUUCUUUUAAUAAGGAAAAUAUUAGUCCGAAAGAUGUUCUCUCCACUUCCACAACUAAACUCAAGUACAAAAACAUUGCAUCUUUUCGCGUUAUCCGAGGCCUUAUCGAGACCCAACCGCUUCACUUCUCUUGUAUUUGGUCCAGUGAAGGCACUAGGGUGGAAAGGGCUGAUUCGACUCUAAACCCUUCGACUUUUAUUAAUAAUUUACCCAUUUUUACUUCUACGCCAAAUGAACAUUUGGAAGAAAAUGUCGAAAAGCUGAUGGAUAAGUUGAAAAUGAUGAAGGAUCAGGUGAAUAAAGGAAAGCCUGGAUAUAAUAAAUGGGUAAUUGAAAUGCUGCAGGAGUCUGGAUAUCUGGAAGAUAAAACUAUGUUUGGUUUUCCUGAAAACGUUUAUAUUACUCCAAAGUUAACAGUUCAAGAAAAUUCAAUCAUGGUACCAAAUGAAACCGUAAAAAUAACGACUAACAUACCAGAAGAAAUAAAAACCACAAGCGGUCACGUUAGUGGUUUACCAUGGCAGGAACUUUUAACAGUACCUCCAAAACAAGUAAUUGUAGUGGAAAGAAUGCAUUCGGGAGCUAGAAGACAUAUUACUUUAGAUUUUGGGAAGCCGAUUUUAUUGACAGAUAUAUUUAUACCAUCUUGCUCGGAUUUGGUUACAUUGACUAUUGAUAUUUGGUUGAAUGGAGAAGAUGUCGAUGAAACUAGAUUGGUAGUAGCCAUGGACAUAGGAACAAGGAAUUUAUUACUAACGGAUUUACAACCGCCACCAUUGUGUAGAUACAUGAAGAUAACCGUUGUUGGGCGCUACGGUAUGUCAACUGUAAGAUGUCGAAUUCCAUUGGGUUAUUUCUAUGGCCACAUUACUAUGAUGCCUGAAGAACCUUUCCCUUUGGUUGCACAAACUUCCAGUGCCACAACCGAUUUAGAUAAACAACUGGGAAUCUUAGCCAAACUCUUUGAAGAUAUUAGUUGCAGAUACAGUCUGGCUUGUUCGAAACUUAAAGAACUUUUACAGCCAUUUAUAGUGUCUGAUAUGAAAAAUGCCGCACAUUUGGCUACCUACAUGAACAUUCUAAAAGAUAGAAGUGCUAAUGUUAGUAAUAUCGAACACACCAAAAUUUUUUCUGUUUAUCAAGAGACUAUUAGGUACCAGUAUCAAUUGAACAUAAUUAGGAACGUAAUGUCAAGAAUAGAAGGAAAUAUAUCCACUACAGAGACGCAACUUAGUUGUGAAAUAUCAACAGAUAAAUUGACUUCUAUAGCAGAAGGAUUAUUAGAAGUGUUGUUGUCCAUCGAUUCUACAACUGAAAUGUCUAACGAAGCAUGCCAACAAUUUUUCAAAGGUCUCUGUAUGACUCAAUCGUCUAGAUUGCAGCUUCUCGCUGCGAUAUUUUUGGAGAAAUACUGUGGAAAAACGAUGUUUUGGGGCGAUUUCUUAGCUGAUACCUUAGCGGAAAAUUUCUCGACAUCCUGUAUCUUAAGAUUUCCACAAGAUAGAUUGUUCAUUCUCUUAUCGUACCUUAGCAGAAAAUCUUCAGAAAAAAGUGCUGUUAUUGAUGCAGCAUUAAGAGUUGUACAUGAUACAUUAAGUCCACUUGCUACUAAUAGAAGAUCGCUACUAGCUGCUACAAUAGAUCUACCCUUGCUAUCCUGGCAGUUAAUGUAUCUAUCCCUUCAGUUAUCUUUGUGCAAAACCUCGACUUCUUCAGCUAACAGAUGGAAUUGGGUACUUGGGGAGAUGGUAGGUGCUAAAAACGUUGAUAAUACAAAAGGAAAUAACAGAAAGAAAACUUGCAAAAGAAUGGCUCAACCAUCCACUAAUCCAUUGCCGAGUUACUCAAGUAUUGUUAUAAAUCCUGAUAACGCUUAUCAACAGAAACUGAAAAGUAUGAUGAUGCAUGAUAAAUUGUCAAGGUUAAAAUAUAUUAAGAAAUUGCAAGACGAAGGAAAGCUAUUAAAUAAAGAGAAGAAGGAACAGUUGCCCGAAAAACCUAAUAUAUUACUUAAAACGCCACAAUUUAUUGAUAAUAAUCAUUGUUUGAUUGUUGCGAAGGGUCUUCUGCAUUUAAUAUUAUCGAUGGACCACUCUAGCAGCGCUGACAUGCUAUUAUUGUGCUUUAAGGUAAUAUCAAAAUUGGUGACAUUGGCUAAAUUACAACUGGGACAGCUUUUAAAAGAGAAUCAGCUGUUGGAGCUGAUUCACUUCUGUAUAUCCAGCAAAAUUCCUUGGGCGCCGUUUGCUUUGGCUUGCUUUUUACAAGAUGCAAUGGAACUCAGUUCUGUCAAAAUUGAAGAUAUUGAGAUGGAGACAGAAACUGCUAUAUCUCCUAGCUGGACACAAAAUGAAUCAACCCCGGAUAGUGACCAAACAAUUGAUAAUUUUAACGUAGAUGCACUAGUAGCUGAAACUUCUAAUAUACAAGCAAAUUCAAGUUCAGUAUUACAAAAUUAUAAGGAACAACUAGAAGUAGAAGCAGUCGUAGAAGCAAUAUUAUCAAAGAAAAACAACCCACCUAUGUUAAAUAAUAACAAUUUUCCUCCACUUCCCUCAGUUUACGAAUCAGAAGAUUCAGAUUUUGAAGAAAUAUUAGAUGAUUCGCAAAAACUAAGAACUACUGUGGCUAAAGGACCUAAACAAGUAUCAAUUUCGAAUUCUGGAUUGUCAUGCGCGAUGGAUCUGAGGCUUGAGUUGGGAGUACAAUCUAAUUCAGAGAUAACAAUAAAGAAACUAAUCAUUAGAAACACACAGCUAUUACUUCAAAAUAUUUCUUUUGAAGGAUUACAGAAAGAAAGUAGCAAUGAGUUAAACCCUUGGCCUACGCUUGUUGAGAAUUUUCCAGCUGAGUCACUGUUAAACAACCAAAAAAUGCUGACGUAUUGCUUUGCAUCUUUGUUUGAAAACAUUCAAAAUCAUGAUCCUUCAAAAAUAGAGCUUAUUUUGCAGCUGUGGUUAACUUUGAAUGUAUCGAGUAAAUACGAGCAGUUUGCACCCGGAACGAUCCCACAAAUUAUACUCAAUUGUAGCUCCAUAAACUUCCUAAUUAGUGCAAUGGCUUGGACGCCUGGAUUAUCACUGACCACCUGGUGUAGUGCCUUACAAACUUUAACUUUGGUUUGUAACAUGAACAACGGCAAAAAGUGGUUCGAUUUGUCCGGUAUGGCAAAUACCAUUGUAAAUCAUGUAAAUUUUGUGCAGUUCUUCUUGAACCUGUUGUCCGGUACUGGUCCUGUUUUCAAUGGAAAAAUAUUAGCUGGCCCUUUACUAUGCAAAGCACUGCACGAUUUUCUGGUGAGAUUACAAAUGCGUUGUGAUGUAGUGAGCCCAACCAGCAAACUUGGAAACCAUUUAAAAUCAACAUUACUGAAGGUUACCUACCAACUAACGCAACCUUCAGGUUCAGUAGCUUGCCGAUUAGGUCCAUUGGAUGCUCAGUGUAAACUGUUACAAACUAUGCUUUAUUUAGAUUUCACUAAUUCUGAUUUAAGUAUAGCCAUGAGUACAUUGGAGAGCACAGCCGCUUUGGUUCACAGUUAUGUGAUAAAUACUGAAAGAGUUAAAUGCAUAAGUAUAGGAGAAAAACAAGGCGUAAUGACAAGCACUUUCAGUGAUAUAUUCGCAAGCGUUUUAGGUUCUGAUUCAAAUAAACAGGAUAGACCAGUCUCAUAUGAAGAUCUGUUGAUACUUAUGUUAAAAUUGUUAGGAAAAUUGGUUCAAACGCCGCUGCCCAAUCAACAGGAAGCGAUGGACACCGAAACGGCGGCUACUUCUCAAACAGACGAAAGUAAAGCAGAACAAAUCCAUCAAGAAAAUGCUCGCGUUCAACCCUCGAUACCUUGUUUCGCAGAUGUCGUUCUCCAACACCAUCCAACUGUCAUUAGAUUAUGUCGCUGUUUGGCGGCAUGUAAGUCAUCUUCACUUUGUAUGCUAGCUAAUGUUUCACAAAAGGUGGCAUUUUCAACAUUAAGCGAACCCAACACAGUCGGCGAUGCUAUCUUCCAUCUGUUAGCUUUGCUGGCUAGAAAGGCUUCCAAUAAAGAUUUGUUACUAAGGCCGUUGCUAAUGUUUCUAUCGCAAGAACCCCAACUGAGUGAGCCUCUAUUGUGGUUCAUUUUACAAGUUCUUGAUACUGAAGAAGCCAUACAGAAGUUCUUUGAUGCAGGUGGUAUAUCAAUAUUGGGCAAUAGCAUAGUCAACAGCACAAUAUCUCCUAGUACUCUUUCAAAAAUUGGAACUAUUUCAACUGUAAUGCAGCAUUUUAGUGGGAUAAAUGCACCUACGGAUCCCAAAACCAUAGUGUCAGCAGCAACAACAACUUCUAAAAAAUUAAUGCAAUCUUCACUAGAGAGUAAAAUGUCUUUGAUAAACUUUGCACCAUAUUGUACGAUAUCUUGUGAGUCCAGUACUGCACAAUCGGCUGAUGUUUUGAUACAAGGCGUAUCGGGAUCCACGCAUAGAAGAGCUAGAGCUCCUUUAUGGUCUUAUCACUUUUAUCCAGAAGAAAACCACACGGAACUUAUGCUCCAGUUGCCCAGCGCUAUAUUGCUAAGAGAAGUACAGUUACAACCACACGCAGGUAGUUUGGCCACCUCUCCAUCUUAUGUGUCCCUAGAAGUAUCUGCGAAUGGGCCAUCUCGACUGUCACCUGUUUGUUUACCAUUACCGACGAGUGGACUGACGUACAUUCGUAUGCAUCUACCAGUGCCGAAAGUAGUAAAUUGUGUACUCAUAAGACUAUAUAAACCACGAGAUGCCAGCAGUAUUGGACUCAUACAGAUUCGCUUACUAGGAAGCUAUGCUUUCGGUGGAAGUUUAAUGCAAGGCUCAGAUGCAGAGGAUGAAUCGCAUUGCAAACAUAGUCUAGGUUGGCUUAGAUUACUCCAUCACUGUUUCACUCUUGCAUCAGAUGCCGAGAUGAAACGUCAAAUUAUAGAUUGCGCUUCCAGAGUUCCGAACCUUUUAACUACUUGUUGCGGUUUGUUGUUGGUACCGUCGCAUAUUCUUCCCGUUUAUUUGCCGUGUUUGGAAAAGGUGUUAAGAGAAUUGGCUCUGCACAGUUCUGAAAACGGUUUUCAUGCUAUUAGAGUGCUGUUGGAUAGCAGAUCUGGAAUCGAACCUCUCAUGGUGUCAGAUGUAAAUUGGCAAGACAGAUUGAUUAAUAUAUCUGGUUAUCAGUCGGCGUGUGAAUUGCUAUAUCAAAUUUGUGAACAUCAGGAUCCGCACACCUCCUAUCGUGUACAAAUAAUAUUAGAAUGGUUAGAAACAACAACAAAUGAAGCAGUAUUAACGCAAAGCACCAAUAGUUGUAAUGCGGCAUAUUUUUCUAGUAUAGCGUCAAUUUUAUGGACAGCCAACCAAUCCCAAGUGCAGUACAACUUAAAAUCUCUCAUAUCAGUAGAAUUAUUUAACUCCAUAUAUACUUUGAAAACUCAAACAGAAAGUAACAUUAGCCUUAAAUAUUCGUUAGAUUCGUUACUUUGUUCUAUUUGUUAUAUAAUACCGGAAUUUUUCCCGAUUUUGUUGAAAAAAAUCGGCGUAUUGGUUCCUAAUCUUUCUACCGGCCAUGAAGCUUCCAUUAGCGAUGACAGAAAAGAUUCAGAAGGUUUGACAGACGACAACAAGCGUGUGUACGAAGGUACUUCAGAAUGGUACGGCCAUUUAGUAAUAGGAGAACUUUCUAUCUUAAAUUUAAGUAGAGAACAGUUAGAAACCAUAGCAUUAGUUAGCAGAUCACCCACAUCUAUACAACAAUUACUUGACUCAGGAUUGCCUAAAUUAUUAAACAGUGCAAUUUUGGAAUUCUGUCAGUCUGAAAACGAAUCAACGGUACCUAUGGCCAAACUUGAAAAUGUUACAAGCAUUCUGCAGUUCUUUACUGACGUCAGCGAUGAAAAAAUGAUGAGGGAUUGGUUAGGUUCAGAAGAUGGCUCAUCGUUUUGGCUGCAUCUACUCAAAUGGCUAUGCAAAAAAACCGUUACUAAAAUAACGAAUCUUCAGACUGAAGCUCAUGUUCAUUUAGAAGAAGUAUGCGUGAAAUUUUUGUCAAAAUGUUGUUUGUGUCAUGGUGCAAACCAAGCUAGAUUAGCCAGAGUACUUUGUGACGUAAUAUAUUUGCAAUCUAACGGCAUAUCCGGGUUUAUGCGAAGACUGAUAUUACAAUUACUGCUGGAAAAUGAAAAAAUACCCGUGAGCAUUGAAGCGGACGAAACGUUGUACAAGAGCGCCAAAUUGAUCCAAAGCUACAUACCUUCACAUCCGGCUUUUAAACAAACUUACAAUCGCGCCAUGUUAUGUUUGAGUACCAACACCACCCUCCUUGAAAUACUCGAGCAGCACAUUUUUUUUAAAAUGUCUUACAAAUCAGAAUUGUCGCUUAAUAAAAAAUCGAAUUUCGCGGCGAAGAAAGACAUAUUCAAAUCGUGGUUUGCGGCCGAAGAACAAGAAAUGAGCAUGGCCGCUGGGGUUACUGCCAAAGAUAAACGUGCCAAAGACGCCAAGAACCAAAUGACGGCUACGCCACAGUCGAAAAAGAAGAGGUACGCAACGAGCUCUAUGAACACCACUGACGUGAUCGAAGGGAGAAUUAUUAAAUGUGAAUCAUUUUCCGAUCAACCACUGCCACUCACGGUUAAUCUCGGACAACUUCUAAGACUGAUAGAGUCUAAAGGAACUACCACCGAUUGGCCUUAUAUACAUCUUAAGAUCUACCAAUGUAAAAAUAAUGAUGAUAAGUCUAAUAAUGAAGCAAAUUCUUCAGUUCUCCAACAACCACCAAUUUGUAGUGCCUUACAAGUGUUUAGUUCAAUGGGUGGUCUAGCUUUGCUUGCCCAACACCUACCUACGGUUUACCCUGAAGCAAUAAGAUCCGCAAUUCUAGAGAAAGCCCCACCAGAUACAUCAGACUCUGAAUGGAUUAAAGUAGAUGAAUCGGAUGAAGCAUAUGAAGACAUUUUAGAAGAUACCAUUGGGACCAAUUCACCCACAAAAUCAUCAAUUCUCAUUUCUCAUGUGCCACCCCAUUCUUUAACUGCUUUUGGACUGUUCUUAAGGUUACCAGGGUACGCGGAGGUACUUCUAAAAGAUAUGAAGAAAGCAUUAUAUCUUCUCCGACUGACUUUAGGUGUUACUGAUGAUGGUGAAGGUGGAGAUAUUUUUAACUCUCCUAUAUCAGAUUCUUUACCUACACUUCCUUUUGAAGUUCUAAAAAAGUUGUACGAUGGGACGCCGCUUAGUACUGAUGAUGGACGACUCUUAAGACGAAUUAGUAUCAAUAUAGGAGUAGUACAUUUACUUUUGGGAUGUAUCGGUAUCUUUUCUCACCAAUUUAACGCAAAUGGUACAGAUAAAGAUGGUCAAAAUUCUAAAAACAAAGAAGAUAAAUCUCAGUUAUAUUGGGCCAAAGGUACAGGUUUUGGUACGGGUUCCACUCAACAGAGUUGGAAUGUUGAACAGGCUCUGUUAAAGCAAAAAAGCGAAGAAGAGCAUGUUACUGUUCUUCUGCAAGUUUUAGCGAGUUACAUUAAUCCAAACGAUAAUGCUGAGGAUGAAUUGACAGAGAGCGUUCUACCUCAAGGUUUUAAUGACUUGCUAACACAAAGUGCAUUAUUGCCUGCUAUUUGUUCGUAUUUAAGAAAUGAUUCAGUGUUAGAUAUGGCCCGACAUAUUCCAUUGUACAAAGGGGUCCUGCAAUUACUAAGAGCGCUGGCUGUCAGUUCUCAGCUGGUUAGCCUGCUCUUGCCGCAAAAGAACAGGGGCAGCGACUCAUCGGUUAGUUCCUUAUUGAAAAAUAUGAAGAGUUGUGUAGAUACGUACGCUUCUAAGUUAAGAUUAAAUACUAAAAGCAAGACGAAGAACAAGCUGGGCGAACAGUUGGAGGAGCUCGAGCAGGGCGAAGGGCUGGCUACUUUAAUGCCAGACAUUCAGAACACCGCUAAUUUGGUGUCGAGGGUCACAAGUGGUUUAGUUGAUUCUGAUAGCUCGUACGAUAGUGAAAAUUCUGUAGAUAAGAAAAUUGUAGUUUCCUUAGAAGAGCAGUAUUUGAAGAUUAUGAAAAAUUUGCAAUUUUCCUCAUAUGAAAUGAUAACGGAGUUACCCGAAGGUGGUAUAAAGUUCGUGGUGUCUCAUCAUUUCGAAAGUAAUGCUAAGACGACUAGUGAGCAAUCGCAUCCCACUAGAGUGAAGAGGAUAGCGCAAGAGGCUGUGACAUUAUCAACUAGUUUACCUUUAAGUUAUAGUAGUUCUGUUUUUGUUAGAUAUGAUAAUUCGCGAUUGGAUGUUAUGAAAGUACUAAUAACAGGACCCGCAGACACCCCAUACGCGAAUGGUUGUUUUGAGUUAGAUGUCUUCUUCCCGCCCGAUUACCCGUUGUCUCCGAUGAUGAUUAACUUAGAGACAACCGGCCAUCACACUGUCAGGUUCAACCCUAACCUUUACAAUGACGGCAAAGUGUGCUUAUCCGUACUGAACACGUGGCAUGGCAGACCGGAAGAAAAGUGGAAUGCACAAACGUCUAGUUUCCUGCAAGUUUUGGUUUCCAUUCAAAGCUUGAUACUAGUUCCAGAACCGUACUUUAAUGAGCCAGGCUAUGAACGAGCGAGAGGGACUCAAGCGGGAUCAGUCAGCUCUAAAGAUUACAAUCUCAAUAUUUGCCAAGCCACUGUUCGGUGGGCAAUGUUGGAGCAAAUUCUCAACCCAUGUCCUUGCUUCAAAGAAAUAAUCCACACGCAUUUCUACAUCAAGAAGUUCGAAAUUUUAGCUCAGGUUGAGAAGUGGAUAAGCGAAGUAGAACUGGAAAUAACUAAAGAGAAAAAGAUGUCGAGAACCAAUAAAAAAUCUCCAACCAUUACCCUGGAAUCGUUCAAAAAAGUCUACCAACAAUUAAGGGAAGCCCUGGUAAAACUAAGGCCUCCCUCCGAACUAGAAGAAGAAGAUGAAGAUCUUCCGACAACUCCAACCAACAACAUGGAGGUAGCCAUUGACGUGCAUCAAGUGGAUAACAUGGAGAAAGAUAUGGUGAAAAUGGUGAAUGAUAUGUGCGAAUGAAGAGAAGGAAUAUAUUGCAUUUAUUUUUUUCUCUUUUUUACUGUACAUUUCGACUUUGUUCCAUAGAGCAAUAUUUUAUAUACUUUUUGCAAGUUUUAGGACAAUUGGUUUUUAUUGUGUACUAUGAUGAUUCGCGCAAAAAUGAAAUUUGGAAGAUCGUCGUUAUUAUAGAAAAGUUACCAAGGUCGUAACUUGUGUCAUUGUUGUAGAUUAACAGAAACUAAAUUAUUCCUUUAAUUUUAAAUUGUUUAUAAACAAAUAUAUGUGAUGAUUUAAAAUAAAAUGACACUGUUUUAAAG